GUGGGUGUCCUUCUUCCCUCUGGAUAUUGUCACUCAGGCACCUGGAACUGCGAGCUUGGGUGCAAACUGGAACAAAGCCCAGACAAACAAAGUUUAUUCCAAGUGGAAUAAAGGCAGGUCGGGAAGCAGCCGCAUCCCUUCAAGAUCCAAGGGCAACGGGAGCAGCGCUCUCCCAGCCCCAGAGAGCAGCGGGAAUUGCUCGGUGUCAGAUUUGCCCUCCAGUCUUCUGGAGCUUCACUUAGAUGACAAUAAGAUCACAGGAAUUGAACUUGAGGAUUUUAACCGUUAUAAAGACCUUCAAAGGCUAGGCCUCGGCAAUAAUAAAAUCAAAGAAGUGGAAAAUGGAAGUUUUGCCAACAUCCCAAGUAUACGUGAAAUCCACCUGGAAAAAAACAAGUUGAAGAAGGUUCCUCCUGGAUUACCUGAACUAAAAUAUCUGCAGGUUGUCUUCCUUCAUUCCAACCAUAUUGCCAAACUGGGAGUGAAUGAUUUCUGUCCAACAGGACGAAGGAAGAAAAAAGCCCUGUACAGCGGCAUCAGCCUCUUCAACAACCCUGUCAAGUACUGGGAGGUUCAGCCUUCAACUUUCCGGUGCAUUUUAGCCAGGAACAGUGUU